AUGAAAGCUCAACUCUCUCGAGUCUUGUACAAAGGGAAUGGUUCUUGUUGUCAAGUCAUCCAGAGAUGCAUAGUGAUCAUAAAGAUAGGUCCUAAUCAAUUGGAUGACCAUAUGGAGAGUGUUGAAGAUGAAUAUGUUGAGCAAGUGGUGUCUCCACGUUCGUGUAGUCCAGUUAAUCAUUUUGAGGAUCCACAGGUGCUUCCUCGAAUUGGAAAUGAAUAUCAGGCAGAGAUUCCACCCCUAAUUUCUCGUUUCAAUUAUCUGAAGAUUACAAAUAAGCCUGCUGAUUCCAAAGCCCAGCUUGAUCUGUCAAAUUAUUUUUCACUGGGUUUACCUAUCCCAUGGAGAAAUUGUGAAGUUAAAAAGUGCAAUGGAAAACUAGAGUCUGGAGGUGUUGAACAGAGCAGGAUUUCCUUAAACAAUGAAAAUUCAGAACUUAAAGUUAAACAUCUAAAUCCUGUUUUGGAAGAUGCAAAAAACGUGGAAGAAUUUUCAAACCUUGCACCUACGGUUGGAAGGGGCUUGGUUUUACCUCUGGAAUCAAAUAUGAAAUCUUGGAGCAAACUGGAGGAAGAUAGUUUUCUCCUUUGUCUAUAUAUCUUCGGGAAGAAUCUUAGGCUUGUGAAGAGAUUUAUUGGAAGUAAGGAGAUGGGGGAUAUACUGUCUUUUUACUAUGGAACUUUUUAUACUUCUGAUGGAUAUCGCAGAUGGUCAGAAUGUCGGAAGUUAAAAAGUAGACGCUGUAUACAUGGGAAGAAGAUAUUUACAGGAUGGAGGCUGAAGGAACUGGUAUCACGAUUGAUUCCUCAUGUGUCAAAGGAAUGCCAAGAUAUGUUGAUGGAGAGUUCAAGAUAUUUUGUAGAGGGAAAGAUUUCAUUUGAAGAAUAUAUAUUCAAGUUAAAGGAUACUGUUGGCAUCCAUAUGCUUAUAGAAGCAGUAGGUGUUGGAAACGGGAAGCAAGACCUUACUGGCACUGCUUUGGAGCCAGUAAAGAACAAUCAUGUAAUUUCUUUUCGUCCUGAAGUACCGAUUGGCAAAGCUUGUUCCUCCCUUACAGCUUCAGAGAUCAUCAAGUUUCUAACGGGAAAUUUUCGGUUAAGUAAAGCUAGAAUGAAUGAUCUUUUCUGGGAAGCUGUGUGGCCCCGUCUUUUAGCAAGAGGAUGGCACUCUGAACAGCCUAGGCUGUAUUUGGUGUUUCUGGUACCUGGUAUUGAGAAGUUUUCAAGGAGUCUUGUGAAAGGCAAUCAGUACUUUGACUCUGUCAGUGAUGUCUUGAAAAAUGUUGCAUCUAACCCAGGUAUUCUUGAGCUUGAUAAUGAACCACCUAAAGGCAGUGAAAGUGAAGAUAGGAAAGACAGGUGGGAUCUGCCAAAAAGUCAGGGUCCAAAUGAUUUGUCAAAUAAGCAACACCACCAUUACCUCCUUCCACGCAGCGUAAAUGGCAGUAGAGAUCUAAGGAAGUUUACAAUUGUGGAUACCAGUAUGCUUCUUGUAGCAGAAAAACCGAAGGUAAGAGAACUGAGGAGUUUGCAUGUUCAAACUGCAGGUCUAAGCACCCUUUAUAAUCUUUCUAGUGAAAAUGAACAAGAUACAUCUAAAGAGUCGGAAGAUUAUGCAGAAGAAACUAAUACCUCAAACCCAGAAGAGGAUAUGAUUGACAGGGAAGCAUUUGUUAACUCCUCAUAUUGUGUAACUAGUAAUGUGAAUACUGGAAUGCCUAACACCCCAGAUCCUGCUUUGGUAGCAAUGGAAAAUCAUGAAAGUCAAAUUACAAGCCUGCUUAAUCAUGAAAGUCAAAGUACAAGUCUGCUUAAUGAUAAGUGUCCAAGCAAGAUAGUGAAGGAUAAAUUCAGCCGGAAACUGACAUCAGGCCGCUUAAAAUAUUUGGCCCCUAAAAUGAAACAGAAGGAUUUGACUGAUUGUAAGCAUGGAGAGUCAAGCGGCAGCAGUGGUGAAAUUAUCUCUGUGGAUAGGAAGCCAAUUCAAGAUGAGUCUCAUGCCCUAUCAAACUUGCCAAAUGCAUGUGAGGUUAUGGAAUAUCAAGUAGAUCCACAACAUUUUUCAACAGCUAGUUCUCUGGAAAAAGGCAGUCCAAGUGGAAGCAAUGAAGGCAGUGUCACUACGAAUUGCCUCAAUAGAGAAGGGUCUCCUGAAAAAUCUCAACCGUGGACAUUGAUUGACUUGAACCUUCCUACUGUUUCACCAGAUUUAGGAACUGAUGAACCUUUGAUAAAGUGCAUGAUGCAAAAUAAUGACAAUUCAAGUGAAAACAAGUCAUCAUCUCUAUCUGAAACAAGCAAGCAGCCUGAGCCACUGAAGCUUCCUGAAGUUGGGGAGAGUAUGGAGCAGCAACAACCUGCUAUUAAGAGCCAGAGGCAGAGUACAAGGAACCGACCAUUGACCACAAGAGCAUGGGAAGCUCUUGAACUUGAUUUCUGUAGGACAAAGAGGAAGAGAAAGGGUGAGACUCUACAAAAUAUGUCAACGUCAAGGUUGCAAAGAGAUCAGGGAAACACUAGUGUUAGUUCAGUUUUUUAUGAACUCCAGGAUAUAGGAGAAAAACGGGUUAAGAGUUUCUAG